AUGCCUGCUUACCGGCUGGCUCUCCUCCCACCACCGUGGCCUUUUCCCCAUCUCCAUUUUCUUGGCCAAGAUAUCAUGAAGAUUGCGCGUAAAUCGACCGAUGCGGAUAUUCUUUCGCAACGUGUUUUCUUCUCCUUCUCGCCCUGUGGUUAUUCUAGUGGUCGCAAAUCCGGAGCGCGCUCGCUUCCUGGAAGCAGCUGUGUCAUGAUAGAAGCCGGUGGGCACGAGGCGGGAGGCUCCGCGUACCCUGUGCCCAGGGCUCAGGGCAGGAAGCCUUUGCACUUUGCCUGGUUGCGACUGUGGCUCCUUGCAGCGCACCGCCUUCGGGGCCAGGCGCCUGCUCGGGCAACUGUGCCUCGCGACUCGAGGAUUCUCAAUCUGCGACAAAUCGCUCUCUGCUUCUCCUCUCAGUACGCCGAUCCUCACCGCCCUCACUCUCAGUCAGUCGUGCCAGCUUGCGCCGAAGAACACAUGACUAUUGAGAACGACGAAGAUCAGGAUUUCAAGGACGCAGAACCAAAUACGGAGCUACUGAGCAUCGCUUCAUCUCCCCAGAUGAAUUCUUUCAGACCCAAGCUGGAGCCUUCCCCCAGCCCGCCACCUCAGAUCCCUCCAGUUGCGGCCUCCCACAAACAGGGGGAUGCGGUCUUGAUCAAUUUCUUGAGCAAUGGCAAGCGCCCUGAUAUCGCCCGCGCCAUCGCUGUCCACUCUGACCAUUCCGACGCCGCAUCUGGCGCUGAGGACGACCCAUCCAUCUCCUCCAGUCCCUCCACGUCUUCUGCAUCAUGCAAGUCUCCCCCUUUCAACCUCGCCGCCGUCGCCGCUACGGCGGCCUCAUCAUCGCCUUCUGAACCCGGUGCAAUCAAUCUCAUCAACCUUGCUGCGGGCGCCCUAGCCUUCACCACUGGGAACGGUCCAGACCCCCUGAGAAAAUCUACAACAGACUCGACACCUGUCGAAUCUGUGUCGUAG